CCAAGUUUCAACUAGAGAGAAUUGGGCGCUGCCCUCAACCACUUUUGCUUGUCCAUCAAUUUGACUAUUCUGUUGUAAUUGUUUGUCCAGCAAUAACAAAUUAUACUGAGAUAUUUGUAUGCCAAUGCUAAUUUGUUUCGUUGUAUAUUAGAAAUAAUCAUUUUAGUUGGGUUGUUUAUCUUAUAUCUAGUUAGAAGUAACUAAGCAAUGUUUGGCUCCCUAAAUUCAGUCCCAAAUUCAAAUUCCUCCACCCCCAAUAUAAAAAAAAAUACCAGCCAUAAGAAAGGUUUGCCCCCCUAACCGACACAUUUUGUAGUCCGUCGUUUUUAAUGGUUUCCCCUUUCAAACUAAAAGGUCACCAAAGAGUCCAGCUUUCCAAGGCGGCCCAACGAAGAAGAAAUGGUGCUGAUGCUACUACCAAACAAAGCUCUCUCAUUCUCCCAACCAAUUGCUACUCUUACUUUUAUGCCUAAACGACGUCGUAUUCACCGUCGUUGUCGUUUUACCUCAGAGCUCGAAGAAAUUCGAGUCUGUACCAACCGAACUUGCCGAAGACAGGGUUCCCUUCUAACCCUAGAAAUCCUCACCGGUAUUGCUCCGCCCACCGUCACCGUCAAGUCAUGCGGAUGCUUGGGCCGCUGCGGCGCUGGUCCAAACCUAGUCUCUUUGCCUAGCGCCGUCGUGGUCAGCCAUUGUGGUACUGCCAAUCGCUCGGCUGAGGUCCUGGCCGCUCUCUGCGGAUCUUCAUGGGACUCUGACGCCGCGAAGAAGAGCCUCGAAGCCCUUGCCUUGAGAAAGAAGGCGGAGCUUGAGUUUGAUAAGGGCAACUUUUCUCAGGCGGAGUUGCUACUUUCUCAGGCUAUAGAGCUAAAACCAGUGGGGGGUAUCAAUAUCACAUACAAAGACCGGUCUCGUACAAGGUUGGCAAUGGAGAAAUAUCAUGAAGCUCUUGAAGAUGCUAAAGAGGCUUUGGUGUUUAUGCCUCAGUAUGUCGAGCAUGGUUACGAGAUUAUAAAGACUAUGUAUGGUAAGAGUCCUGCAGGCUCCAGUAAUGCAAUAUCGUAUCCUUUCAAUCAAAACAAACCUGUAGACAACAGUUACUUUGCAAAAACCUAUCUGCUGUACCUUUGAAUGAUUUUUAAUUGAUCAGUUAAUCUUUAGAGAGCCCAAAAACAUGCUUUUUGUACAUAAGACUAUUAAUUUAUGAGGAAAAGUCUAAUCACAUUGUUGCACACAUGUUGGUGCCUUAGUUAUAGACACCAAUAUCUAGAAAUUUCGAACGUAACACGCACAUUCACAAAGAGGUCAUAUUAUCGUUGACGUUGGUGCUUGGGUCAAAUUUCUUGUUUAUUCAACUGUCCUGCAUAUCAGAUGCAUAUUGAAAUUGAACUUUUGUUUCUGGUCAUGUAUAAUGCUAGAGAACAUGCAUAAAAAUUUUCACUGUAUAGGUGGUCACCAAAUGGAUUUUAGUUUUUGAUAAUAACAUUUAUAUAUGGUCCGUCAAGCUUAUAAUUUAUCUUGUGUUGUAAGUAUAUGUGUAUGUAAUCUGCAUUUGAAGGCCUACAUUUGCCAAGGUGAUGCAUUCCUGGCCAUGAACCAAUUUAAUGCAGCCGAGAAGUCAUAUUUAACAGCUCUAGGGAUUGACCCAUCUAUUCGUCGUUCAAAAUCA